GUGAAUUUUCAGGGAUGAUUAAAUUUGGCACUUUUCAUUUUCCAUACCUUUCUGUCGCACUCUUACUCUGAAGCAGACACAGGGUUGAGUCACUCCGUGGGAACGCUGCGGCAGCAGAGGAAGAGGAGGAGGAUGAAGAGAGGGAGGUCGUCAGCCCGGACCGCUGGAAGAUCCGAGAGAGAAGUUCUGAUUUCUGGAGGACAUCCGAAGCGGAUUCCUGAUUCUGGAAAACUUCCGGAACUCUGACGGGUCCGAGUCCGGCGGCUCUCCCCGCCGCCAGGCGCCAUGCACCGGCCGUGUGAGGACAGCAGCUUGACGGGCCAUGAGAGGCUUCCUGCGGGGGAUCCGGUCGGACUCGUGUCUCGCGCGCAGCUGAUGGCGAGGAAGCGGCGCAGAGGGAUCAUCGAGAAGCGGCGCAGGAAUCGGAUCAACGGCAGCCUGGCGGAGUUACGGCGACUCGUACCGGCGGCCUGGCAGAGACAGGGUUCUGCUAAACUGGACAAAGCCCAGAUCCUGCAGAUGACUGUGGAGCAUCUGAGGACGCUGCAGACGGGAGGGACAGGUCAGCAGGAAGUGCUGGCGCUGGACUUCCUGUCUCUGGGCUUCAGGGAGUGUGUGAGCGAAGCGUCCUGCUACCUCAGCACCGUGGAGCCCCUGGACUCCUGCAAUGCGCUGCGGCGCCGCCUGCUGGCCCACCUCAGCCACUGCGCGGACCAGCGGGACGCCGCCGCCAUGACGACCCGCCUGCAGCCCCGCCUCCAGCCCCGCCCUCCCCCUUACAGCCACUGGGAGGCGGCGCUGUACCCGCUACCGUACGGAGCGCAUGGCUGCAGCGCCCCCCAGAGGCCGAGGGACCUGCUGCAGCACAGCGUGACCUGCAGUGCUCCUUCACCUUCCUCCUCCUCUUCCUCCCUGCUGCCCCCCCAGUUCUCUGCCCCCCUCUUCUCCUUCUCCGCCCCUCUGUCCUUCCUCCCCUCCUCCUCUUCCUCACAGCCCCCCCACCGACCCUGGAGCUCCGAGGUGGGGGCCUUAUGACCUCUGACCCUGGUAGAACUUUCUGUCCAUUUCUGAUGGUCGACUCUCUGAUCUGCAGAACCAGAACCAGAACCAGAACCGCCUUCACAUCCGUUUUUCAGUUUAUCUAAAAUCUGUUUGCAGCUUUAAUGUGAAAUUUCUCCUCAAUUUCUGAACCAAAAUUCUGCGACGGAGAAUCAGAACCAGAACCGGGCUGAGACGUUUAAGUCCAGAGAAGAACGUCGCAAUAACACUUGGCUGAUUUGUAAACUUUGAGUUCAAUAAAGUUUGAUUCUUGACUGUUA